CAUUUAAUAACCGAAUUUUCAAAAAUAUCCAAUAAAAAAUUACAUGAAAAAUAAUAUACAUAUAAAAGUUUUUCUGUUGCAGUAUUGUAAAACAUUCAAUACAUAAAAAAAUAAUUAAAAUACAAAAUUCAAGGAUUUUCGCUUAAUUUUGUUCUAUAAUUGCCACAAAAUAAAAGAUUAAAGCCCUAUAUAAUUGAAAAUAUACGAGUGUAACAGAGACAGCAUUGUUACCAUCAAACGGAUAAAUUUGUUGUUGCCGUGUCGGUCUAUAAAGAAAAGUAAUUUAUAUAAAAUAUUCUGUUUCAUCGAAUAAAUAUGACUGAAGUAGAGCAACCACCACAGAAUGGCAUUGAUUUGUCAGCGGCCGAAGAAGAUGACAAUAGCAAAGCCCGACCAGCCGAUAUAGAACAGGAUAUGCGUGAAAUGGAACGUCGUAAGCGCGUUGAAGCUAUAAUGGGUUCAAAACUCUUCCGUGAAGAAUUAGAACGUAUUGUUGACUGUGCUCGUGAUAGUGGAAAUGCAGCUGGAAUACUACAACAACUGUCUGAUAUAGUUGGAGUACCAUCAUCUCGUGUUGGAAACGUUUUUAAGAGUUCUUCCUGCAUGUUGCCCAUUAAUGACAUACGUGGUGUAGAGUCAAUGGGCUAUGCAAAAGGUGAAAAAAUUUUGCGUUGCAAGUUGGCUGCAACAUUUCGUUUGUUAGAUUUAUAUGGAUGGACACAAGGUUUGGGUGCUCAGAUAACGGCACGUCUUAAAGUUGAUCAAGAAUAUUUUUUGGUUAAUCCCUUUGGCUUGCUAUAUCAUGAGAUCACUGCUUCGUCACUCAACAAAGUUGAUAUGCAAGGAAAUAUUGUUGAACAGGGCACAACAAAUUUUGGUGUCAAUAAGAGUCAUUUUGUACUGCAUUCUGUUGUACACGCUGCACGACCAGAUAUUCGAUGCGCUAUCUAUAUUGGUUGCAGCCCAGUGGUAGCUAUUUCGUCUUUAAAAACCGGUUUACUGCCUUUGACUAAGGAUGCAUGUGUUUUGGGCGAAUUGACUUCUUAUUCAUACACUGGUUACCUUCAUGACGAGGAAGAACGAAUUAAAUUGGUCCGAAAUUUGGGUCCCAACUCUAAGGUAAUCCUUUUAAACAAUCAUGGCGCCUUAUGUUGUGGUGAAACUAUUGAAGAAGCAUUUUUUGCUGCGUGCCACAUUGUUCAGGCUUGUGAGACUCAGCUGAAAUUACUGCCAGUUGGUUUGGACAACUUGGUUUUGAUUCCUGAGGAAUCUCGUAAAAUCAUUUACGAUCAAUCACGACGUCCCCCAGAGGACUUAGAAAAGAAAUUUGCAGCUGCCACAAUAACGGAUUCAAACAAGUCCGAAGAAGAGAAAAAGGAAGUAGUUGAAACUACAACAAAAGUAAUAGGACAAGCACCUAAAUGGCGUGUCGGCGGCGCUGAAUUCGAGGCAUUAAUGCGCAUGCUUGAUAAUGCAGGCUAUCGUACAGGUUACAUAUAUCGUCAUCCUUUGAUAAAAUCCGAUCCACCAAAGCCCAAAAAUGAUGUUGAAUUGCCACCAGCGGUAUCAUCAUUAGGUUAUUUAUUAGAAGAAGAAGAACUUUUCCGCCAAGGCAUCUGGAAGAAGGGCGAGUUCCGCAAAGGUGGAGAUCGUAGCCGUUGGCUAAAUUCACCAAAUGUAUAUCAAAAAGUGGAAGUUUUAGAAACUGGUACUCCAGAUCCCAAAAAGAUAACCAAGUGGGUUGCUGAAGGCUCGCCGACUCACUCAACAGCUGUGCGCAUUGACGAUCCAUUACAAUUUGUGCCAGUCAAUACAAAUCCCAAGGAAUUCAAAAGAGUUCAACAGCAGAUUAAGGAUAAUCGUCGUGCCGAUAAAAUAUCAGCUGGUCCGCAGUCACAUAUUUUAGAAGGCGUUACGUGGGAUGAGGCAAAUCGUAUUAAAGAUGCUACGGUAAGUUCAGCUGGUGAUCAUGUUGUUUUAAUGGGCGCUGCCUCUAAAGGAAUCAUACAACGUGGCUUUCAACAUAAUGCAACAGUGUAUAAAGCUCCAUAUGCUAAAAAUCCGUUUGAUAAUGUAACUGAUGACGAAUUAAAUGAAUACAAACGUACAGUGGAACGUAAAAAGAAAAGUAUUCAUGGUGAAUACACUGAUACCGAUUUCUCUGAAUCAGAAGCAUUAAGUUCAUUACAAACAUCAGGCGCACAACAACAAACUAAACAAACUACUACUACUACAACCACUACAACUGCCGCCGUUAGUCAAUCAGAACCAGAAGAUAUUUCAGAACAUCAAGUUAUGAGAAUACAAACCGAACAGGCCCCUGUUCCCAGUCAACCUGAAGUAGUUUUAAGCGAUGCAUCUCUAGGUUUUAUAAAUGGUGAACGAUCCCAUACUGCUACAAAUCGUAAGCCACCAACAGGUCGAGGAGAAAACGUACAAAAUGGAGAUCACUCGGAAGCCCAUUUGAGCACUUUUUCACAUAGCAGUAAAGAGUUUCAGGAUAUUUCUACAGACGGUUCACCCAAGAAAGACAAAAAGAAGAAGAAGGGCCUUAGAACUCCAUCAUUUUUAAAGAAGAAGAAGGAGAAAAAGAAGGUCGAAGCCUAAAUUUUCUUUGAUCUUGAGAAGCACGAUAUUUUUAAGUGAAAGAUAAAACUGAUCAUUAAUAUGAACUAAUGGAAAAAAAUAUUAGAAGAAAAUGGAGUUGAAAAUAUCAAGAGAGAAAUAUAAAAAUAAUUAUCCAUCGAGAUAAGUUAUCUUUUUAAGGUCAUAAAUGUGCAAAUUAAUUUUGUUAUUUUUAUUUACAAACAACCAAGUGCAAGCUAAAUAUUGAAAAAAUAAGAGGCAUUUUAAAAACAAAAAUAUUAAGGAAGAAAAACUGCAGUUCGAAUUGUUAUUAUGAAUUACUUCUUUUAUCUUAAUGACGAAUGGUAUAAAAAACCUUAAUACAUCUAAUAUAAUAUUUUUUUAUAAAUAAAUUUGAAAACUAGGACUACAAAGUAAAAAUCAUUAAAAUAUAAAAUAAAAAAUACAAGUAUGUAUAGAAAAUAAAUUUAUAUUUAUACCUUAAAUUUUACAGAAAAUAUUUAUGUAUUUAAUUAAAAUAAAAAUUUAUAUAAAAUUAUGUAAAACGCAAACGAAGGAAAAGUGAAAAAUUUAAAAAAAUAACAUUUUAUACAUAUGAACGUACAUACAUUUGGAUAUACAUACAUACAUAUGUACGCAUUCAUGUAUAUUUGGUAAAUUUUAAGCAGGUUGCAUAUUGUUGUAUGAUGUAUAGUGAAUGUGGAAUUAUUAAAUUCCAUGUCUACAAAGGUUGUUUUCUAAAACACUUUAAAAAAAAAUUAUUUGUCAUAUUUUUUCCAUUUAUAGUUCAUAAGCAUUUAAAAUAUUUCCUAAUCUUACAAACACAUAUAAUAAUUUGUUUUUAUGUUGCAUUUCUCGCAAAGUCAGCAUAAAAAGUGUGAAUUCAUUCAAUCACGCAAAUUUGAAUUAAUUCUUCAGCUAUUAGUUUUAAAUAUAACCAUAAAUUAAAAUUGUUUCAAUGGUUUUCACUGAUAUGCAACCUGUUUUAAUUUGCUAACUAGUUUUUUCAAAUAUACAUUAAAUAAAAUAUAACACCGAUCGAAAUUUUAAGCUUUUAAAAAUGACAAAUACUUGACACAACUUUUCCUUUUUUUUUUAAGUAAAAUUUAUUAAAUUCAUAAUGAUUCGAUGUAUGAACAUUUCAAAUGUAUAGUGUUUAUGAAGUAAGUUUAUAGAAACUUUGAUAUACACACAUAAAUAUUUCUAUUAAUCACAUGUUUACAUACAUAUUUAUAUACAUACAUAUGUUAUUAAUAUAUUAAUUUAGAGAACAUUGCUAUAAAAGUAUAUACGAAUCCGUGUUCGAAAUGAAAUGUGCACGACACCCACUGUGUACAGUUGAAGAAAAAUCGGGCAAAUCAACUGAUCGAUAUUAUUAUGUGUAAAGCAACGGUUACGUGAAAUAUUUUUGAUAUAAUUGUUAUAACUACUUUAUAUGUAACAAUUGGCUUGUUCGCAAAUGCAUCACUGCGCUGCAUCUGAUGCACAGUGCGUUCUAAAAUGCAAAACACUACAAAUGACUUGAGUUCUAAAAAGCAACAGUGAAACAGAUGAUGCGCAAAAACCAUGAAACAAGCAUCACCAAAAUGGCUGAUGCAUUGUCUGUGCAUCAGCAUCGCAAACUAAUUACAGAUGCGCAUCAAAUGCAGCGCAGUGAUGCAUUUCCGAAAAGGCCCAAUAUCGAUCAGGUGAUUUGUUAGGGUGCAAUACGGUAGUGCUAAACCGGGCUGAUAUUUUAUAAAUCGCUAAGGUACCGUACCGUCGUACAUAAUGAUUUUCUUUAAAUGUUUGCUUGCGAACGUGAAAACAAAUGCGAAGCCUAAAGUGAAUUCUUUAUUUACUACAAUUGUUUUUUUUUUUUUUGUAAUUAUACGUUUUAUAAAAGCAGCAUUUCACUUAUUUCAUUUUCUUUUAAUGAUAAAAAAAUAGUGGCGAAUUCAAUAUUUUAAAUUAUAUUUAUUAUUACAAUUUUUAUUUAUAAUAUCUAUAAUUUUAAUCAUUUGUUUUUGAUUUUAGUUUAAAAAUACUCUUGGCAACUCAUACACAUAAUUAUGCAUAUAUAUUUUUGUUUUAUUAAUAUAUUUAGACCAUACACUAAUAUAUAUUUUUAUUAAGGCUUUUAAUUGUAUUUCAACAAAAAAACAAAUAAAAAAUGUGUAUGUACAUGUAUGUAAGAAAUCUAACAUUAUACUACUGUAUUAAAAUUUACAACAAAAUAUACACUUACAAAAUUCACUAAACACAAUUUAUAAAAUAUUAAUUUUUUUAAGAAAUUGUAAUUUGUUUAUUUUUCUUUAUUCGCCUUAGAUAAAACUCAUCAUCAUUAUGCAAAGGUAAAAAAUAAUAUUUAAAAACAUAUAUACUGCCAUAGCAUGUAAAAGUAAAAACAUAUAAAAAAAUACAUACUAGUAAAUACUUACUUACAUACAUACAUAUACAAAAUGGAAAAUAGCCAUUCAUUACUAUUUUUUCUAUUCAAAUAAAUGAAUGUGAAAAUAGCACCUAAACCCGAAAAAAUAAGAAUUCACAUUAAAUAAUUUGAAUUAUAAAAACAUUUCUAAAUAACUGCUUUUUAUUAUUAAUAAAAACAAAAAUGCAAAAUA